UGUGGCUGGUGGCCUUUCUGCGCGGGGCUGCCCGCCGGCGGGGAAGUGGCUUCCAGCCCCGGGGCGGGUCAUGAGCUGUGAGAUGAGGCGCUGCUGCCGCCGCCGCCGCCGCUGCUGCUGACGCUCAGGUUCCGGGACCGUCCGCCGCCCUUUGUGCUCCACGCACAUGUGUCUGUUCAGCGCAUCCGGAGGCGCCCAGAAGAGCAUCCACCACGGCCGCCGGGGAGAGACCGCCCGCCAUGCCCACGGAGAGCCUACAGACAGGUAGCAUGGUCAAGCCGGUCAGCCCCGCCGGCACCUUCACGUCGGCCGUGCCCCUGCGCAUCCUCAACAAGGGCCCCGACUACUUUCGCCGGCAGGCCGAGCCCAACCCCAAAAGACUCAGCGCCGUGGAGAGGCUGGAGGCCGACAAGGCCAAGUACGUCAAGAGCCAGGAGGUCAUCAACGCCAAGCAGGAGCCCGUGAAGCCGGCCGUGCUGGCCAAGCCCCCGGUGUGCCCGGCCGCCAAGCGCGCGCUCGGCAGCCCCACGCUCAAGGUGUUCGGCGGCGGCGCCAAGACGGAGGGCGGCGCGCAGCGGGAGAGCCUCAAGCUGGAGAUCCUCAAGAACAUCAUCAACAGCUCCGAGGGCUCGAGCCGGUUCUUCAACUACUGCGGGCUGGACCCCGAAGAGCUGGAGAACCUGGGCAUGGAGAACUUUGCCAGGGCCAACUCCGACAUCAUAUCCCUCAACUUCCGCAGCGCCAGCAUGAUCAGCUCAGACUGUGAACAGUCUCAGGACAGUAACAGUGACCUUAGAAAUGAUGACAGUGCCAAUGACCGGGUGCCCUACGGCAUUUCUGCCAUCGAGAGAAAUGCCAGGAUCAUCAAAUGGUUGUAUAGCAUCAAACAGGCUAGAGAAUCCCAGAAGGUCUCCCACGUGUAAGAGGAAAGGGCGCGCAGCGGAGGGAGGGGGGUCUCUGUGCAUCCGCAGUCGUGAAGGUUGUGAGGUCUCCUUGCAGUGUUGUGAGCUUCGCCGCUCUCUUUGUGUUGCUUGUUGUGCAAUGUCUUUCAAGUUGCAUGCCUGCCAACAUGGGGCCUCACCUGGCUUCCACGUCCACCAUCGCCGCAGAGCCUGGCUGAGCACACCGUCAUCUGCCAGAAGUUUCUGGCCAGAUGAUAUUUAGGGCUUCAAUCUUCAGCAGAACUGUUUACACGAAAAACGAAAACGGUAUACAACUUCAAUAUUUAUGUGGUUCUUUGUGUUUUUAUAUCCCGCGCUAUUGUGUCUUAAUUAAAAGUUUUAUCAACUGGCUUUUAAGUUGAGAGUAGCAUCUUUUUGAAAUAAAAAGCCAAUAAUGCCAACCUGUGACACCGAAAAGACGGGAAGAUCAGGGGGCUCUGCUGCCCAGCGGAGAUAGUGACUGACGGAGAGAGCCAGGCGAGGCUCUCAGAGGAAGAGAGCGAUGUUAGCCACUUACCUGUUGAAGGUGUCUGGCCACUUAAGAGACGGCGGGGACAACAAUGCUACGUCAGUUUUGUGUCCUAUUCGGUGUGUAAAUGUGGGUGGUUCUGUGGAAUCCUGACCCCAAGGAAAGACAAUCAGAGGCCAUGAAGGUGAUUAAAUCAGAUCGGGUGUUGCGGGAGGCUGAUACUGUUCUGAUUUGGGUUGAUUCGAAAUUUCUCCUGUUAAUCUCCUGUUAAUCUUUUAGGGUGGCAGGAGUGGCCACCCUAAGGCUGAAUCUGAAUGUCUUUUUUUUUUUUAAGUUGGUUUUUUGGUCAAGAACUAAUUCCAGGCGGAUUCUCUUCCCUCCCUGUGUUGUUGUAGCUGGGAGAGGGCAGCCAGGCUGGGGCAGUGGGAGCCAUCUGAAGACAUGAACUCAAAGGGAGAUAGCAGCCAUAUCACUAGAGAGACUCCUAUUCAAACGUCAAUACUUUUGGUAGCAAACCCAUAUCUGAGCAGCAUGGCUGAGUCCCUGUGCAUAUGCUAACCCGUCAGGCUGUGGACCCUCAUUAGGGCUCUAGGAAACUGUAGAAACACCACUCCAUGUAGUCUUCCCACCCUGUGGUCUCCAGUGCUACAUAUCAGCUUGUUCCCCCCACCCUAACCUGCCCCCCAGUCGGGAUGCGGUAGGCAGGGGUCCACCUGCGUUGAUCGGCUUCAUUGCCCUGUGGUCAUGCCCCAGAGCUGUUGGCAGCACUGCCUUAGACAUCAGCUCAGAGGACAUUUUUUUAUGGUGUAAAUGCUGUAAGACUCUGUACAUACUUCAGUUGUUAUGAAAUCUUUAAGGGAAAAAAAAAAGGCAAAGUUACUCUAAUAAACAGCUCUGGUGCAGGCGCUAA